AUGAAUUUGCUUUCUUUCUUUCUUUCUUUUUUCUUUCUUUCCUUCUUUCUUUCCUUCUUACUGUUCUUUCUUUCUUUCUUUUUUUCUGUUAAACCAGCUGUUCUUUGCUAUUCCGUUAAAUAUUUUUUAUUUCGGAUUUUCUCUUUUUCACUUGCGUCCGUUUCUCUCCUGUUUAUUUCCUUUCAACAAGGAAGGGAAAGUCAAUUUUCAUUCUCUUUCUUGUCAAUGUCUCACUCUUUUCGCUCCCUUGAUUCUCUCUCUCUCUCUCUCUCUCUCUCUCUUUUUUGUCGCUUUCGAUUUUCAACUGGAAUUUUGAAAGUAAAAACCAAAACGAUCUAUCGCUAUCUAUUUGGAUGGGGAGAUGAAGAUGAAAGCGAUGAAACGUUAUUGAGCUUAAUUAUUUGCCCGUCUGACUACAUCACAAAAUCUAUCUAUCUAUCUAUCUAUCUAUCUAUCUAUCUAUCUAUCUAUCUAUCUAUCUAUCUAAUUCUGUCAAUUUAUCUAAUUCUGUUAAUCUAUCUAUCUAUCUAUCUAUCUAUCUAUCUAUCUAUCUAUCUAUCUAUCUAUCUAAUUCUUUCUAUCUAUCUAUCUAUCUAUCUAUCUAUCUAUCUAUCUAUCUAUCUAUCUAUCUAUUUAUUUAUUUAUCUAUCUAUCUAUCUAUCUAUCUGA